UAGUACUGAUACGCGCUUUUUGGAUGUUUACUCUAUAAAUAAACAAAACUGUCAACUGUUGCCAUAACUCAUCCUUUGUUUACACAGUAAUGCUUGUGUUUGCUAGUUGUCACAGCAAAAUUAUUAACAUUUUAUACUUUUCUCCCAUUGGUAGUGCACUUAGUCGUUUCAGUUAAUAUUUCAUCGUCAAUAAUCGAGGACCUCACCGACCGGAAAGAUGCCGAGGACAUACAAAAAGCCUUUCGGAAGUCGCCCGUAUGCUAAUUUUUCGAAGGAAACUCUGGAAAAAGCGGUGCUGGAAAUCCAAAAGAACAAUGUAUCGAUUCGUGAUGCAGCCCAGAAAUACAGCUUAUGUCCAUCUACCGUAUCACGGCACUUAAAGAAGGAAGGUGGUGAAAAGCGAGUUUACGGUGGACAAACGGUGUUGUCUCGCCAAGACGAACAAACGCUGGUGGAAGGCUUAUUAUUAGCUGCGGAGUGGGGAAUGCCUUUCCAGAGAAGUGAUCUGAAAUCCAUCGUGAAGGGAUUCCUGGAUGACCAAGCUAGAAAAGAGAACCGUUUCAAAGACAACACUCCUGGCGACGACUGGUGCACGUUCUUCUUGAAGCGCCACACAAAUCUGUCGAACAGAUUGUCGGAAAAUAUCAAGAGAUCCCGGGCCGCCGUUUCGAAAGAAACCAUUUGCAGCUAUUUUGAGAAUAUGAAGAAAUCCGUCAAGGAUGUGAAACCUGAACUCAUCAUCAACUACGACGAAACUAACCUCACGGAUGAUCCGGGACGUACGAAGGUCAUCGUUCGGCGCGGUGCAAAGCAUGCGGAGCGUAUUCUCGAUUCCACUAAAACAAGCACCUCCGCGAUGUUUGCUGGAACGGCGUCGGGAAUUCUGCUGCCCCCGUUCGUAGUGUACAAAAGUCGUUUUCUGUAUGACACUUGGACAACAGGAGGGCCUCAACACACUGUGUACGGAUGCUCCAAAAGUGGUUGGUUCGACAAUGAUUUGUUUGAGAAGUGGUUUUUUAAGGUGGCAUUGCCACACUUCAAGAAACACGAUCCCGAGGAUUGCCAAGCUCCAAAAAUCCUUAUCGGUGAUAACCUGGCAAGUCAUCUGUCUAUGCGAGUAAUACAAACAUGCCAGGAAUACAACAUAAGAUUUGUAUUUCUUCCGCCGAAUAGCACGCAUCUUUGCCAACCACUUGACGUAGCGUUCUUCCGCCCUUUGAAAAUCAAAUGGAGGAAAGUUCUUCUGGAAUAUAAGGCGAAAUUCUCUGGAACAGUACCGAAACAUUUGUUUCCCGGACUUCUUAAGAAGACGGUCGAAAGAUUGGACAAUGCUGCUGUCAGUUUGCGUUCUGGAUUCCGUACAACCGGAAUAUAUCCUUUGAAUCCUCAACAGGUGCUCAGGAAGCUACCGGAAGCCAGGAAAGAAACAGAAACUGGAGCUGAAAAGUCCUGGUCCAAUGCUUUCGUCAACGUUCUCAAGGAUGCUCGAUUCGGAAAAUCUCCGGAUGUAGCACCGGCUCGUAAAAAACGAAUCCUCACUGAACCGGGUGGUGUUGUGACGACUGAAGAUUUACCACAACAGAUUCCAGUGAAUUCAUCAUCAACAGUUGCCAAGCGUACAAAAAAGUACAAAGAUGACCCAAUGAAUGAGCCAGCCAAGAAAAAGAAACGUAAUAAGGACCAACAAACUACCGUAUCUAAUGCAGGACCAUCUAAGAAUAAGGAAAAGGUGAAAAUUACAAUGAUCAAAAUGUUUUAAAAAUGAUUUUCUUUCAACUUACCUAAGCGUUGCAAGUCACCCCGCAGAUGGGGUGACUUGCAACACCCAACAUUUUGAUGGUUUUUACUGAAGUAUGAAUUGCAAUAUUUUUUCGUAUACUUAUAUUUGAGAGUACUAGUCCACAUUAAAACUAUGACGAAGAAAAAUAAAAACAAUAUCGUUUAUUUUCUAAGUUAUUAAGAAAGAUAUCUGGAAAGU